AAACUUCAUUCAUUGUUUAAAUUUAUUGUGAAUGCUAUUAAAAUCUCAUUAAUAAAAGAUGAUGUAAUAAAUUCUUUACCUAUUAAUUUUUUUAGUGAUGCGUAGGUGUGAGCAAAAUUUAGUAAAAAAAUGGGAAAACGUAAUUUGAUAUGUUACCGCGUGUUGGUCGAUAUGACCGCCAGGUUGUGAACAGGAGACUUCUCGCGUCAUUAUUCGCCGCCACGAAGCUCGUCCACAGUGCCGCUAUAAUAUGUGAGGACUUUGAUCAUCACUCAUUGCAGAGAAACAUGUUGGGACACGGUUUUAAUGUAAGACAAGCCACGCCUACGCCCAGUAUGUUUGAAAAUUUGGACCCCAAAAGCGCGCUCGAGACUUUCAGCGUUUGGCUACGGGCGCAUGAAGAUGCUCAGGUAAUGCUGGCAAGUGUGAUAGUGGUGAUCGGGAUCUGGUGGUUCGUGCGCACCAUCCUAUCGUUGAUCAUCAACCUGAUCUGCCCGCUUUUGGUUGUGGCCCUGGCUGUGAUUUGUGUACCACAACUGCGACGACCGCUUAUGGGUGAAAAUUAUCCGCUACUCGCAAACCUGUUGAGGAACAUCUUGCUAAAGUUAGCUGAAAACAUAAGAACCUGACGGUUGUCGAGGACGUAUAAAUGGAUUGCAAUUUAAUCCUCGACGAAUCUGUAACAAAAACUCUUUCAUUCACUGGAUUUCGAACAUAAAUUGCAAUGAAUAUGACGAAUACACACAUUCAUCAGUCGAGACUGCAAUAUGUAAGUGCCUGUAAAUUGUAAAAGCGUGUAGAUAUGAAAUUCGCAAAGCAGUAAAUGCCAAAAUUCUGA